AUGAAGGCCACCUUUGUUGUUUCUGCUAUGCUCGCCAGCCUUGCCCUGGCUUCUCCUACCCAGCCCCAGAGCGGCCCUAUCUGCAAGGUUGACAAGGACUGCAAGCCUCACGAGCACUGCAACGAGGUUGGCAGCUGUGUCCCCAAAAGGGCUGCCCGGGAUGCUCCUUUGGCCAAGCUGAACGAGCACUGCAAGACCACUGGUGACUGCGAGAAGGGCCUUCUGUGCGAGAAGGAGAUCUGCGUUGCUGGCAAGGACAAGCGCGACCCCCCGGCCCCUAAGCACUGCAAGGUCACGGAGGACUGCCCCAAGGAUCUUGAGUGUGAGAAGGAUACCUGUGUUCCUUCUAAGAACAAGCGUGAUGCUCCUGCUCCCCAGAAGUGCAAGGUCACCGAGGACUGCCCCAAGGACUUCGAGUGUGAGAAGGACACCUGUGUGCCUCCCAAGCAAAAGCGCGCCGAUGUUGGCGAUGACUGCCACUCUGACAAGGACUGCGCCAAUUCCUCCAAGCAUCUGACCUGCCAGAUUAUUAAGGACAAGCAGUUCUGCGCUCCCCCCAAGGACUCCAACUAA